ACCAAGUUCACUUUUGACGUGGAACACGACAAAAUUGCACGCCUUGCACUGCAACACGCUGUGAAAUAGGAACGGCAAAGAUUACCAAUCCACGCGAUCAAGGAAUUGAGGCCAUGUCGGACACAGACUCAGAUACCGCAAGCUCCGUGGGCGAGAUUCUCGAAGACGUUAGCGAGGCCGAUACCACCACAUUCAAAUGCCUGUUCUGCGACGAGCAAUGGAGUCGCGUUCCGGACAUGUUUUCGCAUUGCCACAAGGAGCAUGAUUUCGACGUCGAAAACACCAUCAAGAAGCUCGGACAAGACAUCGAUGAGUUGAGCAUCAUCAAGCUCAUCAACUACCUCAGGCUAGAGGCACAAAAAGGCAUAGCGCCCAAGGAAAUCAAAGUUGAUUCUGAGACGCUGGCCGACGACAAGUACCUGCAUCCGACCCUUCCAGACGAUGCUCUGCUUUUCGAACUGGGUGACUUUAUGCCGGAUGCAGACUCCAAGGCGAUCGACUACGACGAGUACGAGGCGGCCUUGCAGAAGAAUGUUGGCGGAAAUGUCGAGAAGCUCAGCUUGGACAACGAUCGAGACACCGAUUACUUCGAAUCUUACAAGGGCAAUGCUAUCCACCGCGAGAUGAUAGAGGAUCGCGUACGAACGGAGGGGUACCGGGACUUCAUUGAGAAGAACGCCGAGCUAUUCAAAGGCAAGACGGUGCUAGACGUUGGCUGUGGCACGGGCAUCCUAUCAUUGUUUUGCGCCAGAGCUGGAGCAAAGCGUGUGUUGGCUGUCGACAAUUCAGAUAUCGCCAACCGCGCCCGAGACAACAUUGCUCGGAACGGAUUCUCAGACAAGAUCGAAGUGAUUCAAGGCCGGAUAGAGGAUUUCCACAUGCAGAGGAAGAUUGGAAAAGAGAAGGUUGACAUCAUCAUUUCUGAGUGGAUGGGAUACGGCCUGCUGUUCGAAGGCAUGCUCGACUCUGUGCUGCGGGCGCGAGAUCUCUAUCUCAAGGAAGACGGCUUGAUGGUCCCAUCACACUGCACGAUGCGAAUAGCGCCCAUCUCGGACAAGGAAUGGAUUGCAGACGCGAGUGGGGAGAAGUUCUGGAAAGAUGUGUACGGUUUCGACUUCACAUCCAUGAUCCCGGGCGGCAUCCUCAACGAUCGCGAGAUUGGCGUUUUUGACGUCCCGAGCAAGUCGAUAGGCGGUGAGGCCUCUACCUUCUACGAGCUCGACUUGAAGAACAUCCAGAUACGCGACCUUGACUUCACAGCGUCUUUCUCUUCAAAGCUAGGAUCCAGUAGCGCAUCUAUAGAUGCGUUUGCGAUAUGGUUCGAUACGUUCUUCCUACCAGGUGAGAAGUCACAAGAUGCGACGGCGAUCGACGUAGCAAAAUGGGGAAACAAUGGCGAGGCUGGGCUUGGGUUUUCUACUGGUCCGUAUUCCACAUACACACACUGGCACCAGGCAGUGCUGCUACUGGGCGACGAGGACCGGAAGAAGGAGGUGAAGGGAGGCAGCACGCUGAAAGGCAAGGUGACCUAUAAGAAGCCAAGGAAGGAUGACAGAGGAAUUGACGUUACGGUGGAGUGGGAAGCAGAGAGCACGCAGGGCCCGGUAUCGGGAAGUUCGAAGCGCACCAUGGGGGCUUGAAGAAGAGAGAUGAUGCAGAGGUAGCAUGCACCGACCGAUGACAGGCGAAAUACCUUUGUCAACGACGUUACUACUAUCGAAGUGCUUAUGGCGUAACCAACGUAGCUCCGCUUUCAGGGAUACAAGAAACCUUUCAUAUUGGAUGGC